AGCGUUGCCGGUGUAAAACUCACGACUUCUUCGACGUUUAAACGUCCAGCCGACGCUCUCACAUUGCAAAGUGUACACUUUGGCAUCUUAAUCCAAGAAAAUCAACGCAAUCGCUAUGGCCGAGGAAUAUUUAUACGGAAUCACACUCAGUGGCGAAAAAAAAUUUGAGACCUGGGAUCCCGAGCCGAAAAAUGAUGACAAUGAUGACAGUAAUCAGCAGUGCGGCAUCGACCAGAAGCUUAUUAUCAAAAUGGCUCUAUUGGGGCAUGAUGCAAAAGAGGGUGAAAUAAAUGUGAUCCAGGUUGAGGCCAGGUCACUCGACGGAGUGACGAAAAUUCCAAUUGCAAUCUUGGAAAUGGGAAAACAAUCACAAGUGUCGAUGGACCUGAGUUUUCCUGAUGCACCUGUCACAUUUACUCUCAUCAAAGGAAGUGGCCCUGUUCAUAUAGUUGGACACAAUCUCCUUGCUUCUCAUAUAGAAGAAUUUGUAGAUAUGGAAGACGAGGAUGUGGAAGGAGAUACGUUUGACGACUGGGAAGACGAAAAGGAUGGUGACGAUGACGAAGAUGAGGAUGACGAGCCCAAGAAAAAGAAAAACAAAGUGGCGUUACCACCACCCAAAAAUAAGAAUCAAGUUUCCAAGAAUCAGAACCAAAAUGCAAACCAGAAAAAAAAAUAAAUGAGGCUUAGUCAGUCGCAUCGCACAAGACCACUUAUACAUUAGGUAAUUAACAAUAAGUACAUUAUUAUCAUCAACAAAAUCAGUAUAAUGAAUGAACACGAAUGAUCUAUUUUGAAGACCAAUUGUCGAUCAUUGUGUUAUUUUCAUUUUGAGAAGGAAAAAAAGUCAGUCUUAUUUAUUAAAGCAAUGACUUGCUCUUGACUAUAAGAUAGAGGAAAUAGGUUUUUACCCAACGAGUUGAAGACUAUUGUCGAGCUUUUUUUUAGCUAAUUUUUGUAUUUACAAUUAUUUUGUAUAAACUGGCUGCGAUUUUCCCCAUCGAGUUUGAAAAAAGCAGCAUCUACAUGAAAGUAAUAUUGCGAUUGCAUGUUAUUCGAAAAAUCAAAUUUACAAUUUCAAUUUAAUUUUUUAAAGAACUGAAUAAAAUCGAAUCAAAGUCAUAUAUGCUACAAAAGUGUAAAGACUUAAUUUUAAAAGUGUACAAAAAAUUAUGGAAUGUUUUUAAAAUUUUCCGUGGUAAUACAGAAAGCGCCAACUUUUCGUAUGACGUUAAAUACCGAUUUUAGGCAAUCGCAAUGGGCAAAUGAUGAAUUGAUGAAAGAUGAUGCGUGGUAACGGAAAUUUUCGUGCACAGUUUUUUGUAACAAGAAUAUUUUUGUGUGCACAAGGCUUUAAAAUGUAUUUAACUUUACACAAAAACUCUUUCAAUUUUACAGUCUGAUGUAUAGUAAAAUUUAAAUGGACUUUGUUUAUGUAUCGAUGUGUCAUACAAGUAAGAAAGGAAGAAAAAAAAAAAAAAAAAUGAGUGAUGUAGUGGUACACCAAUUUUGUACAUAUG